GAGCACAAGUAACAGCUGCAGCCUUUCACGCGUUUGGAAGCAUGAAGAGGCUAAAGCAUCACGUUAUUUUCCAACAGUCGGCCCAUUUUUCCAGGGCAAUGAUGUGAUGAUGUCGUCUGCCACUACUUUAUUGAUUUGGGUGCAGUGGAUGAUGAAACUACAGUGGGGUGGAAUGGUGAAACUGUGCCAUCCUGGUCCACCAGAUGGUCACGCCCUCCUUUCCUGCUACCCCCUGUUUUAGUUUCUGUAAUUUCUACAAAUAAGCUGGUGCAGUUUUUGUGAAUAGGGUCUGUCCCUUUGAUUAAUUUAGGAAUCUGAUACUUUGACCACAUUUUCUUUUUGUCCUGAAUGAGAACUUCUUUGAUAAUUUUGUUUUUAUAGCAAAGGUGUGUAAUGGGUAUAAAUAGUUAAUAAUACACCCACACACAUAUAUAUGUAUAUGUACAUACGGUGCAGAGGAUUAUAUAUAUAUAUAUAUAUAUGCUUAAUAAUAGCCCACAAAUAUUAUGCCACUUUCCUAUUUAUUUUGCCUUUGCGGUGGCGUAGGAGGGAUGGAGGGAAUGAGAGGCGGCUUUUGUUUGUUUGUGUCUCAUUGUUUCAGAGCAUGAUUUUUGUCGUCUAGUGAUGGCUGGGUAAUUUGUUUGUUGGAGUUUGUGUAUUAUGCUAUGUUUUCUUCCCGCAUCUGAUGGCUGACUCUGGUCACGUUUUUGGGGCGCAGUUAUGGGCUCUCCCUCUCAUUCAUUCUUUGAUCGUAAUUUCCUGCAGCAGCAGCAGCAUGUUUUUCCUAAAAUCAACCCCACUGGAGAGCUGGUAAUUCCUGCCUCUGCAUUUAUUUUGUGCCCCUUUUUCCAUUUUAUUUUUUCUGUUUCUGAUAUUGUUUACACGUAUCAAGAAUGUAGCACAGCCAACACAAUCUUGUUCCCUUUCUAUUUCUCUUUUUUGGGCUUCAACAGUUUUAGCAGAAAGUUGCCUGUGAUUUUAGUCAUCAGUUUUGUGGGUAUUCAGCUCUAAGCUUUUCUUUUUAUGGACAUGCCACUGUUUUAUUAUCCCAUUUCUUGUAGUUUCAAGUGUGUUCUCAAAUGCCAAAGAUGUUGCUAAAUUUUUGGGUUUCUUCUGUUUCAUCCAUUACUCGUUUCCUUUUUGUUAGCUCAACAACUAGGCAAUAGUUUGCUUCCCGGUUUCAGUUUUCCAACUGAAUUCCAACUUGUUCGUUUCUCUUCCUCUAAGGUUAGUGUUCAGAACAUCUUAUUAGUUCCUUCUCUAAUGGGUUCUUCUUGCUGCCUAUUUCUUUUGCAAUUUUAUCCCAUUUAAGCCCAGCUAUUGGCUUUCUGUCUUCUAACUGCUCAACUCAGUUCAAUUUGAAAAACUCUUCCUUUUUUUUGAGAAAUAUCUUCUGUGUGGUUUCUUGGCAGCAGAAUUAUUGGCUUUUCUGCUUAUUCGUGUUGCUUAGCAUGUGUGGAAAGUAGAACUAUCAUUAUAAUUUAUAUACUGCUUUGGUUGGGGAAAGUUUUCAGAUUGCUAUAGAAGUCCAUUUUCUAUUACAUUAUAGUGAAUAUUGAUGGAUGUCAAUGAAGAGACAGCACUGAUAUCUUUAAGAGACAUGGCAAACUCUGAUGAGGAUUUCCAUGAGAAUGGAGAGUUGGAACAUAAAUUCAGCAUUACAAGGCAGUCCUGUUGCCCAGCUGGGGUUAAGGCUAAGACAUCAUUGGAUUGGCUUGAUUUGCGAGUUUUUUAUGUUAGGGUUAGCGAAUGCAUAAUGGACGACGGUUCAAUGCCCGGAUACCUCACAUUAAACCAUGUCCCAUUGUCACGCGACACUCUUCUGGAAGUUAACUGUGUGAGGGCCAGCAUAUACUCGGAUGGUGUCUCGACCCUUUUGAAAAGAGAUCGAUUAGACAAGCGAUCCGAAGAAGUCACAUUCGUGAAUACCGACAGCAUCAGGGUGACAGGAAGUGUGAUGUUUGAAGUGUUCCAUGAAAACAAACUGGUUCUGAAUGGAACUUUGGAGUUUUCCGGCGACAAUGGCUUUGUUGGGGAGUUGAGGUAUCCUGGUUGGAGUAUGAACUGUGAGUCGGAUAUACUUCCGGGCACCGGAUUUUUCAAGGGAAACCCGAGUUUGUGCAGUGGUCUCGAUUCUGGAACUUCACCAGUCAUCGAAGUUUAUGUGGCUGGCAGCUUCUUGGGCACUCCGAUCGUAUUGACCCAAACUAUGCAAGUCAGUCCGAGGAGGAAGCAAUUCAGGAAAGGCGGAUUGCUGGAAUCGAUCCCGGAAAAUGGAAUAACUCAAAACCAAGAACAUCAUUUCUUGACUGCACAGUCGAGGGGUUGCCGGCUGUACAACCCUCAAGACAAAGGCAAUUGGAUUUGCAGCAAUCCGGAGUACUUGGAAGGUGAAGAUGGCGAAUUGUCAUGGUUCAAUGCCGGGGUAAGAGUAGGCGUUGGCAUUGGCCUCAGUAUUUGUCUUGGAGUCGGAAUAGGUUUAGGUCUGCUGGUCCGGACUUACCAGGGAACCACCCGAAACUUCAGGAGACGCGUAUUAUGAUCGAUGUAACACUAUGACACGCUUCCACUCUUGUUGGCUCACUAAUCUUACACAUCUCCCCCUGUAGGAUCAAAUUGCACGAUCAGCGCGCGACGAAGAACACGGCAGUAAGGUCUGUGCAGUCUGAUGAAUCUUUAUAUAUGUUUUAUAAUCUUCUCAGGUUGUUUGUACUUAGGAUAAGAGCAUAACCAGAAAACCUUUGCCAUUGUUGCUAUGCUGUUUAUGUUAUUUAGCGCCAUGCCCAUGUGUCGCUACUUAAUUCUGUUGUCGUGUUUAUGAACACACGCUUCUGCCUUUGAAUGGCGUAAAGUCGGUCUAUCCAGACAUUGUUGAUUUAUUCAAUAAUUUAGACCACUGUAGCCACGACGCAGAUGUGACACAGGGCAUAUAAUAGAUGUACGAUUGAAAAUGAAUUUGUCAUACGUAGAUAGCAUCUACUGCACCAUCAUCAAUAGAACAUUAAUUCAAAAAAAGCUUACGUGGCAUAUUCCUAUCAAUU